AUGGCACGAAUCAAUCGAUAUACAAUUUUAACUGUUUUGGUUUUAUUUAUCGAGUUCACUAAUGCCAGAGCUGCUAAUGAAAAAAUCUUUAUGGAUAAAUUAUGUGGAAGUGGAGCAAUUGUGCUAGAUGGUGAUGUUAAACCAGGCACAGCAUUUCAAUUAUCAAGUUCUACUAAAUUUCAACCAAAUUUCAGUUGUACUAUUAAAUUUCGCACAGCUCAACCAACACAACGAUUAGUUGUAACAGUUGAACAAUUGAAUAUUGCUGAUUGUCCAAGUGAUACAUUACGUAUCUAUGAUGGUACAACAUUACUUAAUCAAGAUGUUAAACAACAAUGUGGUUCACCAUCUUCAUUCACUUUUACCACUAAAACAACAGAAGCAUCAUUUACGUUUGCAACCGGUAAAACAACGAAAACAGCUAGUUUUAAAAUAGCAAUGGCAAUUCAUUUUGCAGCUGUUCCUUCCUGUCCUCAAAAUCUUGGCUUUUACUUAUGUAAAAAUAAGAAUUGUAUCUCUAAAUCACUUAAAUGUGAUGCACAUGAUCAUUGUGGUGAUGCUACAGAUGAAUUUUCAUGUUCUAUGGUUGGUAAAUAA